AUGAGGGGAGCUGCAGUCGAGUGGGACCCAAAGCUGAGCCGAGAUGUGGUGGAGGUCAUGUUCACGGCUCCGGCGCAAGGUGCGCGUGCGCGCAUGCUGGUGCGGUCUGACGCUGACGUCAUGGAGGUGCUGAAGGAUGGACGAAAGAAGUUGGGAUUCGACCAGGAGUGGAUGCCAGACACCGACUUCAAGCUCUACAAUGCUGAGGAUGAGGACGCCGGACCUAUGAAGGGCAAGAUGAAGGACAACGGUCUCAUCGACUUCUCCUUCGAGAUCCACAUGUACUACGAGCCCCAGUAA